AUGUCCUUUAUUAAACUUGUGCGGGCAGCAAUCGGUGCUGGUCCUCUUGACGAACCUCCACCAAGUCUACCAGCCGCCGCUAUCCUCCAAAAUAACCAAGGGUUUAACAGGGAGACUAAUACGGAGAAAACUGGGAUCGAUACCGGGAAACAGGUAGUUCCUGAUGUCUCUGUCGAAACGGGCACAACGGCUAUCGAGGUGGUCCAGGCAAUUUGGGGUAGGAGAGGUCGAUUGCUCGUCAUCACUGGUUUAUGUCUAAUCAUGAUUGUAUACGAGAUCGACAACAGCACUGUCUAUAUUUAUCGCAACUAUGCCUCCUCGGAGUUUGGGGAGUUAUCCAAACUUGCCACCUUGAGUACAGCCGGGACGAUCAUGUUCGCUGUUGCAAAACCACUUAUCGCCAAAUUGUCAAAUGUCAUCGGUCGUGGUGGGACGUACCUCCUCGCCAUCGGUUUCUAUAUCUUGGCCUAUAUAAUUAUGGCUUCGGCCAAAACCUUCGAUACCUAUGCCGCAGGGUCCGUUUUCUAUUCUGUUGGCCAGUCCUCUACAAAUCUAAUGAACGAUAUCGUGAUUGCGGACAUGACGACUGCCAGAUAUCGAGCUUUCGGCAUUGCCCUUUCAUUCUGGCCUUUCCUGGUUACGCCCUGGGUUGCUGCUUUCAUUGUUGAUAGUGUAACCGCACCGACAGGCAUUGGUUGGCGCUGGGGGAUAGGUAUGUUUGCUAUUAUCAUGCCGUUCUGUGCAAGCUUUAUUGUUACUACAUUGCUGUAUUACCAGAUCCGAGCAAAGAAGGAGGGGCUUGUACUCGGGGGAAAGAUUUCCUUAUACAAGUUCUGUUCGCAGAUCGACCUUGGUGGUGUGAUCCUGUUUAGCGGUGGUCUAGCCCUCUUGCUCAUUCCGAUGACUCUAGCUGCAACAACUCCAUCAAGUUGGAAGACUCCAUGGGUUGACACGCUGAUUGCACUUGGCACGGUGUUGCUUAUCGCGCUCCCUUUUUACGAGCGAUAUUUCGCUGAGCACCCCGUAGUGCCUCCUCGCUAUUUUACCAACCGUACAAUAACCCUGUGCUGCAUACUUAUCGCCAUGGACAACAUCGGCUUCUCUGCAACGCAUACGUAUAUAUACGCCUGGGUUACCGUGGCGCGAGGUCUUAACGCUCGUGAUGCUACAUUUUUCACCUAUAUCAACGGAGUGACGCAGUGUCUCAUUGCAAUUAUUACAGGGUUAGCAAUGGCGAAGACAAAACGCUAUAAAUGGAUUUGCGUACUCGGCGCUACCAUACGUCUAGUAGGUUAUGGGGUUAUGCUCCGCCUCCGGGGUUCCGAAAAUAGCAUUGUGGAAAUAUUCAUUGUACAGCUUGUCCAGGGAAUCGGCAGCGGAAUGGUCGGCUCAACUUUACUUAUCCCAGCCCAGGUUGUUGUAUCUCACGCUGAAAUGCCGCAAAUUACUGCGUUGGUUGUCUGCUUUGCCUUCGUCGGGGGUAGCGUAGGUGCCUGCAUCGCUGGUGGUAUAUACACAGGUAUGAUAGAAAUGGAAUUGUCAAUAGCUCUAGGCGACAUAUCGACGGCGGAAACCGUAUCUGCGUUGGCAAAUUCGAUUACAGCCGUUCUUCCAGAAUGGGGUUCACCGGAACGAACUGCUGUGAACAUCGCAUUUACGGAGGUAAUGAAAUACAUAACAUACGCAGCUGUAGGGCCCUCUGUAAUUGCUUUAAUCGGAUCGCUCUUCAUGCCUAACUAUGAAUUACCGUAA